CUCUCGACUGAAAAAAUAUCUUAUUGAGCCAGAGAAGGCCGUUCACAUGAGUUUGCCUACUGUCUGCUGCAGAUAUCUAUCUAUUUACACACGACACUCCGAAGCCGGAUUCCAGAUAGAUACCUCAUGGUCAUGGAUUGAUGAACCCAGAAAUCAGAAAUGGCAGCACAAUGUGCUCUUCAUCCCAGUUUGGAGAUACCCGUCAAGGUAAGCCCCCCCAGCUCCCCUGUUCUUCUUCUUCCGAGCAUAAAAUGGCGCACCUUAGUCUCUUCUUCAACUGUUAAAUAUUUCGAAAAUAUUCGGAAAAUGACGAGUACACGUAAUAGCAAUGACAGACAUGUAAGAGAAUUCAGUUCAGUUCCCGAUAUGGGGGUGUUGGAUAAUGUUUCCGUUGUGCUUCAUUCCAUGGAUUUAAGUGAUACAGAGGAAUGCUCUGAAACUUAUGCUUUAAUCCUCCAAAACUGUCGGAAGUUUGAUAAAGCUGAAUUGGGGUUUCAAAUUCAUGCCCAUAUGAUUGUUUCUGGAGUGGAGCUCUGUGCAUUUCUUGGGAGCCAACUGCUUGAAUUUUAUUGCAAGCUUGGUCGUACUGAUGACGCGAGGCGAUUGUUUGAUAAAAUGUGGGAACGAAAUGUUUUCAGCUGGACUUCAUUGAUCGGGUUGUAUUGUAGAUUAGGCGAUUACGAAGAGACAAUAAGGUUAUUCUAUUUAAUGAUUGACGAAGGAAUUCAACCGGAUCACUACAUCUUUCCCAAGGUUUUUAAAGCAUGCUCUGAGUUGAAGAAUUAUCAAGUGGGGAAGGAUGUGUACGAUCACAUGCUGAGAAUUGGGUUUCAGGGGAAUCCUUUUGUGAUCAAAUCUCUUCUUGAUAUGCUCAUAAAAUGUGGAAAGCUUGAUUUAGCUAGACGUUUGUUCAAUGAAAUGGAGUUUAAGGAUGUUGUGAUGUGGAACAUGAUGAUUUCAGGUUAUGCCUCGAAAGGGGACUUCAAACAAGCUUUAAAGUGUUUUGAGGAAAUGAAACUUGCAGGGGUAAAGCCUGACCGAGUGACAUGGAAUUCAAUUAUUGCGGGGUAUGCCCAAAAUGGCCAAUUUGAAGAGGCUUCCAAUUGCUUCUCAGAGAUGCAGGCUUUAGAAGACUUUAAGCCAAAUGUGGUGUCUUGGACUGCACUGAUAGCAGGGAAUGAACAGAAUGGUUGUUCUUCUCAAGCAUUGCAUGUUUUCAGGCAGAUGGUGGUUGAAGGGGUGAAACCAAACUCAAUUACCAUUGCCAGUGUUGUUUCAGCCUGUACAAAUUUGCUUUUGCUUCGACAUGGUAAAGAGAUCCAUGGUUAUUGCAUAAAAAGAGAGGAACUGGACUCAGAUGUACUCGUGGGAAAUUCAUUGGUAGAUUUGUAUACUAAAUGCCAAGCUUUGGAGGUUGCCAGUAGAAUAUUCAAAAGAAUCAAGCAGAAGGAUUUGAUAUCUUGGAAUGUGAUGCUUGCUGGUUAUGCAUUGAGAGGUUGCCAUGAGGAAGCUGUUCAACUUCUUAGUGAGAUGGAAUUGCAGGGGGUUGAGCCUGACAUUGUUACAUGGAAUGGCCUCGUUACAGGUUAUACCCAGUAUGGAGAUGGAAGGAUUGCUCUUCAGUUCUUCCAUAAAAUGUAUAACACUGGCGUGGAGCCUGACACAAUUACUGUUUCUGGAGCUCUAGCAGCUUGUGGCCAAGUCAAAGAUUUUAAUUUAGGAAAGGAAAUCCAUGGUUUUGUUAUUAGAAACCACAUUGAAAUGUCUACGGGUGUGGGAAGUGCUCUUAUAUCAAUGUACUCAGGAUGUGGUCUCUUGGAACUUGCCUGUUCUGUUUUCAAUCAGCUGACAGAAAGAGAUGUUGUUAUCUGGAACUCAAUUAUUACAGCUUGUGCUCAGGCUGGGCAAGGGGUUACUGCUUUGAACAUGUUGAGAGAAAUGCAGUUCAAUAAUGUGAAGCCAAACAUGGUGACGAUUGUUUCAGCCCUCCCUGCUUGCUCAAGGUUGGCAGCUUUGCAACAGGGUAGAGAGAUUCACCAAUUUAUCAUCAGGCAUGAGCUUGAUAGAAGUAAUUUUAUAUGGAAUGCACUUAUUGACAUGUAUGGACGAUGUGGGUCAAUUAGAAAAGCACGAAAAAUUUUUGAUAUUAUGCCACGAAAAGACCUAGUUUCUUGGAAUACAAUGAUUGCAGGGUAUGGAAUGCAUGGCUUUGGGGUGGAUGCUGUGAACCUUUUUCAUUGUUUGAGAGCCACAGGCUUGACUCCAAACCAUUAUACUUUUACAAAUCUUUUAUCUGCAUGUAGUCAUUCAGGGUUGAUUGAUGAAGGGUUUCAGUACUUUGAGAUGAUGAAGUCAGAAUAUGCCAUUGACCCUGCUGUUGAGCAGUAUGCUUGUAUGGUGGACCUAAUGGCACGUGCUGGUCAGUUUGAUGAAACCAUGAAAUUCAUUAAAGAGAUGCCAGUAGAACCAAAUGCAGCUGUCUGGGGUUCACUGUUAGGUGCUUGUAGGAUUCAUUGUAACCCUGAGCUUGCAGAGUAUGCUGCAGGGUAUCUAUUUGAACUUGAGCCCCAAAAUUCUGGGAAUUACAUACUUCUAGCCAACAUCUACUCUGCAGCAGGGAGGUGGGAAGAUGCAGCAAGAAUAAGGCGUUUGAUGAAGGAAAGAGGUGUGACAAAGCCUCCAGGCUGCAGUUGGAUUGAAGUAAAACGUAGAGUCCACAGCUUCAUUGUUGGGGAUACUUCACAUCCAUUAAUGGAUGCAAUAUCUGCCAAGAUGGAAAGCUUAUACUCGGAGAUCAAAGAAAUUGGGUAUGUUCCAGACACAAACUUUGUGCUGCAAGAUGUUGAGGAAGAUGAGAAAGAGUACAGCCUCUGUGAACACAGUGAGAAACUGGCUAUAGCUUUUGGUUUGAUCAGUACACUGCCUGGGACACCCUUGAGGAUCAUUAAAAAUUUGAGAGUAUGUGGGGAUUGUCACUCUGCAACCAAGUUUAUAUCCAAAGUAACUGACAGAGAGAUUAUAAUGAGGGAUAGUUAUCGCUUUCAUCAUUUUGUAAAUGGGAUGUGCUCUUGUGGGGAUUAUUGGUAGCAAGCUAGUUUUUCUUUUGAGCUUUCAAUAAAUACUAAAAUACAAGUUCCCAUUGUCAUCUAAA